CAGCCGAGCGACACAUCCAAUAUUAAAUUCAGUCUCUGCCUUAGUUCUUCUCUUCUAUCUCUCACUUCCUAGGAGAAGCAAAGAAUUGCAGUCUGUAAUCUGUAUGUAGAUGCGUGCAUAUACAUACAUAUAUUCAUCUACCUAUACUUUCUUCUAAUUUAGCCAACAGUUGAUUCUUGGAUGAUGCUGGCUUAGAUCCCCUCUUUUAUUUUGUUUCUCACUUGGGUGCUUGGUUAUUGCGCGUGCAACACUGUGAUGGCAUUCACUAGUACUGAUAAAAUCAGAUUGGCAGAUACAGUGUUCUAUUCAAUUUAGAAUUGUUUUGAUGGAGCGAGAUCAUCUGGACCUUGCGACCCUUGGAAAAACAGAUCAUAAUGAUAUUCAUGGUUCUUCAGUUGCUAGUCACCGAGAUAAUAUGAAGUACGAGCCAAAAGAUUUGAGAGAUUCUGCACAACCUGCUCCUAAUCAGAAUCCUAUAGAUCUUACUUCUUCACCAGAGCGAGAAGAUGAUAGCACAGAUGAUGAGGAUAACCAAGGUGAAGAUGCUCAAAAGCAAUUGGUGAUUUACGAUCCUACUGCAGUUGGUGCUGGCGAAAUUGAACUCGUGCCUGAUCCUCUUGAUUCUCAACCUCGACGAAACUCCUUUCCGAAUUAUACAUCUAGAAUUUUGCCAGCUGUAGGGGCAUUUACUGUGCAGUGCGCUAAUUGCUUCAAGUGGAGGCUUAUACCUACAAAGGAGAAGUAUGAAGAGAUCAGGGAACACAUAUUGGAACAGCCUUUCUACUGUGAAUCAGCCCGUGAAUGGCGUGCUGGAGUAUCAUGUGAUGAUCCACCUGAUCUUACUCAAGAUGGAAGUAGGCUCUGGGCUAUUGAUAAGCCUAAUAUUGCUCAGCCCCCUCCUGGGUGGGAACGCCUUUUAAGAAUCCGAGGUGAAGGAGGCACCAGGUUUGCUGAUGUGUAUUACGUUUCGCCAUCGGGCAAAAGACUUCGUUCCAUGAUUGAAAUUCAAAAGUACUUGCAGGAACACCCGGAGUAUGCAGCAGAAGGUGUAAGUAUGUCCCGGUUUUCAUUUCAGAUCCCAAGACCUCUGCAGGAAAACUAUGUUAGGAAGCGGCCUUAUCGUCCAGCACUUGCACAUGAUGAAGAUGAUUCUGUUAAACGCAUAGCAUGGAUUGGUUCAGAUGGCGGUACAGAUUUACGGCUUGGUAUGCCAGGACUGUCUGCACCUACUGACCGGGCCCCUCUUUUUGAACCUGUGAGCCAAUCGUUCAAGAAGAGGCGGACUCCAUCUAAACGAAUGAGCAACACUGAUGCAGCGUGCAAGUCAAGUUAGAAGAGUCUCGUCUACUUUUGUUUGUAUACGAUCUGGUGAAAUCUCUGAGUUCAUUUUGUGUAAGCUGACAUCGAGCAACCUGCACAUGGACUUGUAUGUACGGAAAUGUAUGGCUUUUACCAAGCACUGUUUUUUGAUGAACUUCCCUGAUGGUCAUAUCUUUUGUUGUUUCCGUUGAGUGUAGACUGUAGAUAUGAACGAACUAGGUAAUGUAAAGAACGGCUGUUCUAUCUUAGUUUUAGUUGAAUAUUUACUUCUGUUAAAAGCGAAUGCUUAUUGUUAAAACUUAAAUAUAACUGGCUGUUCAUGGUGUUUUCACGU